UCCACCAACAUGGUUCACAAUCCGAGUAAGAUUUUGCUCCUGGCCAUAGCCAUCGCUGCUUUUAUGGGUGGCUCCCAAGGUGCAAACAUCCUGGGUCUCUUCCCGAGCCUAAGUCCUUCGCACUUGAUCAUCCAAAUGUCGGCAGCUAAGGUUCUGGCGGAGCAGGGACAUAAUGUGACUGUGGUCACAGCACUAAAGCCAGUGGUUACCCACAAGAAUAUAACCCUAAUCCAGGUGCCCCUCACCAAGGAGGAGUCCCAGCUUAUGAGCGAUACAAUUGGAGAGAUGUCCAAGACAGACAAUAGCAACAUGGCUGUAUCCCUCAUCCGAAUGAUGGGACAGAUGGAAUUCAUGUUCAGAAAGAAUGCCGAAACCCUGAUGGAUGAUCGAGUUAAGGAACUGUAUUUAAACAAGGGCAAUAAAUUCGACCUAGUACUCUCUGGAUUUUUUAUGAAUGAUUUCCAACUUGGAUUCGCAAGGAAAGUGAAUGCUCCUGUCAUCGUCGUGGCCACAAUGGCACCCAAUCAAAUGUUGAACCCACUGAUUGGUAAUCCCCUGGAGAUAUCCUACGCGGGAAGCAACGACGUGGAGAAGGGUAAAGGUGCUACCUUCAUGCAGCGAUUGGCCAGCUACAUUAUAAGCUGUGUUUUCGGGAUCUUUACUCUUUUUUCGGAAAAGCGUAAUCGGAAUUUGUAUAAGGAGGUCUUCGGUGACGAUCCCACCAUGCCGGAGUACUCAGAAAUGCUCAAGAACACAUCGAUGGUGUUCUUUGCCAGCCACGCGGCCAGCGAAGGACCCAUCCGACCCAAUGUUCCGGCAUCCAUAGAAAUCGGUGGUAUUCAAAUUAAGGACAAGCCUGAUCCCUUGCCGCAAAAUAUUGCUGAUUUCCUGGGAAAUGCCACUGAUGGAGCGAUUCUUCUUACUCUGGGCUCCAAUGUUAAGGGAAGCCACAUUAAGCCAGACACGGUUGUCAAGAUGUUCAACGUCCUGUCGAAACUUAAGGAACGAGUAAUCUGGAAGUGGGAGGAUCUGGAGAAGACACCCGGAAAGUCUGACAACAUUCUCUACUCCAAGUGGCUACCUCAGGACGAUAUCCUAGCCCAUCCAAAAAUUAAGCUGUUUAUUAAUCACGCUGGCAAAGGUGGCAUAACUGAGUCUCAGUAUCACGGAAAGCCAAUGCUUUCAUUACCCGUCUUCGGAGAUCAGCCCGGAAAUGCAGAGGAUAUGGUCAGGAGUGGUUUUGGCCUCACUGUAAGUCUACUAACUCUGGAGGAGCAGCCGUUUCAGGAGGCAAUCCUAGAGAUCCUGUCGAAUCCUCAGUAUGCCCAAAAGGUGGCCUCGUUCUCCUCCCUCUACCGAGAUCGACCCAUGACCGCUAAGGAGUCAGUGGUCUACUGGACGGAGUACGUCAUCCGGCAUCAUGGAGCAGCCCAUCUUCAAAGUCCUUUGGUCCACAUGAACUUCAUAGCCGCCAAUAACAUCGACAUAUACGUCCUGUUUGCUGUUAUAUUAGUAAUUACUAUACUGAUUUUUAAGGCACUACUUAAAUUUAUUUACAGAAGAGUCACAUCGAAGUCAAAAAAGGAGAAAAUUCAAUAAAAGGAUUAAAGACUUAAGAUAAUGUGAUGUUAGCAUAUUAUGCAAAUACUCUUUUUUUACUAUAAUUAAAAGUAUAAU